GUCGCAUCUAGUUAUUGUUAGUGAAAUUACUAUUUUUUUUAUGCAUUAUAUUAUGUGUAAGAAUACUUAUCUAUUCAUAAACCUGUAAAGAAAACUUUGAUGUUACACGUAUAUCUCUUAUUUAUCGACUAACCUUGCAUUCUAUCGUAUUGAAAAGUCAAUAACAUUCAACAUCUUGAAUCUUGACGAUAAAUAUUAUUUCGUUUAUUUACAUUGCGUCUUGAGGCUAAUGACACAAGUAGUACACAUAGAUGUCGAGAUUAUGGGAAAAGAAAGCUAGUUUCAGUACUAUGCCAUGAAUAAGUAACGUUGUGUGGUGGUAAAGGUGCGAUAAUUUGGCACGGAUAUUAGUGUCAGAAUGGAGACGGUUUGGGUUAAGCCGGAGCCUUCGUGGGAAGAGUACGAGCCAGCGCCAGAGUCAGGACAUUCCUCGGAAGAACCACAACAUUCGACAGAAGUUCAGGGCACAAAGGAAAUGGUGGUUAAAGUGAAACAAGAACCCCCGGAGGAGUAUGCUGAACAUGACAUGAGGGCGCAGUCUCCAUGGGCAGGCUCGAAGGAUCCAGUGUUAGCGAAACAGGAGCCUCUAGAGGAUGGUGAGCAUGACAUGAGGGCGCAGUCUCCAUCAGCAGGCACGGAGGAUCCAGUGGUAGUGAAACAGGAGUCUCUAUGGGGUGGCGUGAAAAUUAAAGUGGAGGUGGAGAUGGAGAGGGAGACAGAAUGCAUUAAAGAGGAACCGGAUUACGCAGGUGCGAGCGAGAGCGUGCGAGUCCCGCAAGCAGACAUCGAAACGUCAGAACCGAAACAAGAAGGACCCUCUCGGCGCGCAGCCCACUCCGUCGCCGAACUCACCGAAAGGAAGGAGGUCUCCUGCGACAUAUGCUCAAAAACAUUCAAGCAAGCAAGCAAGUUAAAAGACCACCUGAGAAUACACACCGGUGAAAAACCCUACAAUUGCGCAAUCUGCGAAAAACGGUUCAGACAAUUGAGUCAUCUAAGAAGACAUUCUCGUAUUCACACUGGCGAGAAGCCUCACGCGUGUGACGUGUGCAAACAAGAGUUCACAGAGUUAGCUAACUUGAGGACGCACCAACGAAUCCACACUGGGGAAAAACCUUAUGCAUGCAGAAUGUGUAGCAAAGAAUUUGCUGGAUUAAGCUGUUUGAAGCGCCAUGAAAGAACACACACAGGUGAAAGGCCGUAUUCUUGCAAGAUUUGCGGCAAAGAGUUCACGCAAUCGAGUACGUUAAAGCUGCAUGUGAGGACACACACCGGAGAAAAACCUUAUCAAUGCGCAACGUGUCAAAAAUAUUUCAGUGGGAUGGAUAAUUUGAGGAAACACGAGCGUAUUCAUUUAGGUUUAAAGCGAUUCUCAUGCGAUAUAUGUAAAAAAACCUUUACCGGUUUGAGUACUUUAAAGAGGCAUAUAAGAGUGCACACUGGGGAGAAACCAUAUGUGUGUGAUGUCUGUAAAAAGGCGUUUUCAGGAUUGGAUAGUCUUAUAAGGCACACUCGUAUACACACAGGGGAACAGCCAUACUCAUGCGACACGUGUCAAAGAAGGUUCAGGCAGUUAAGUAAUUUGAAUAAACAUAUAAAAACGCAUAUAGAGCAAAAGUUCUAUCAUUGUGGGAUGUGUACGAAGAAGUUUAGAGAGUUGUGCACUUUGGAGAGACAUGAAAGGAAGCAUCACAGUGGGGAGCCUAGCACAGUUCCGGUCGCGGGAGUGGAUAUUGAAUGCCCUACUUGACUUUGUGUAUCGGUGUCUUGAACAUAAACUAUGUAUUAUCAAAGAGAAUAGAUAGUAUAGAGGGCUAUUGCCAAAGUAAAUUUUGUAGUCACGGUACAUUUACUGCCAUCUAUCGACACACGAUUAAAAAUUAAAAUAAAAUUGAUAAUGUAUAAAUUAAUCAAAAUAUGUUUACGGAUAAAUGAUUUUUAAUUUUUAUUGUUCCAUACUGACCCAUGUUCUUUCACUGAUAUGCGUUAAAAUUGUUAAAUAUCAAACGUCAACGCCA